UAGGCGUUGGUUGGUCAGCAAAUCUGAGGCAAGACUUAAGAGAGUGAGGAGUGAGGACCAGCCCAAUCAAAACUAAAAAUGAAAAGGGCAAAAAUCCAACCGGAUAAAAAACUAGGCUUUUAUCUUUAAGACACCACAAAAAUGCUGUAAAUAGUGGUUUGACCGUAAAUAGUGGGCAAAAAAACCCACCACGACCUUAGGGUUUCUCUGCACAAACAAACCCCCUAAAGUAAUGGUUGGCUCCGAGAGCAAUGAACUCCGCCAGCAACAACAAUAUCUCAGUGUAGGCUCGGAAGUAGAAGUGAGCAGUGACGAAGAUGGGUUCAAAGGUGCGUGGUUCAGGGCUACCAUUGUCGAAAGUCCCAUAAGCUCCUCUGCUUCAAAGAAGAGGAAGAAAGCCUUGGUGGAGUAUAAGAACUUGGUCACUGACGAUGGGUCCAAGCAACUGAGAGAGCAUAUUGAUUCCAGCUAUGUUAGGCCUCUACCUCCUGAUGUGAAUGACUGUGGUUUUCAGGAAGGUGAUGUGGUUGAUGCCGACUACAAGGAUGGUUGGUGGACUGGGAUUAUAAGGAAGGUUUUGGAGAAAUCUAAGUACAGGGUCUUUUUCGAUAAUCCACCGGAUGUGAUUGAGUUCGAGCUUAGUCACUUACGCCUACACCAGGAUUGGGUUGGUGGCAAGUGGGUUCGUCCCCAAAGGCUGUCAAUGAUAGGGUCUACUUUCAGCUCAGGGACAGAUGUAGAAGUGAAUUUUGACAAAGAAGAUUUACGUGAUGCUUGGUUUCCUGCUAUUGUCAUAAAAGAAAACGAGGAUAAUAGCUUUUUGGUGAAGUAUCAGAACAAAGAGGCUAAGCAGUGCAAAGAUACUGUAGAUUUCCUCCAUAUCCGCCCUCCUCCUCCGCGUUAUGCGGAUAGGAAUUAUCAGUUGCUUGAGAAAGUGGAUGCAUUAUGUGAUUUUGCAUGGCGAGCUGGUGUAAUUAUCAAAGUUCUAGCUGAGAGGAUAUAUGUUGUCACUUUCAAGCCUGGAGUGAGGGAUAAGAGACUUAAUCACUCAGAAAUAAGGCCUUUUGUGGAGUGGAAAGAUGGAAAAUGGAAAAGUGGAUCAAAGGAAGUCUUUGCCACUUCAACCUUGCAAGAAGAGUUAGAGAAUGGUCCCAGGAAUACCAGUGGGGUGGGUUUUCAACUACAAAGUGUGAGUGCUACAGGUUCUGUGAAAGAUAACCUUGAAAAGCAAACAUCUCGCUCCACAAAUCCAAGGAAGAACCAGAAGCUGCUUACUCAUUGUAAUCGGAAAUCAGUUUCUUUGGCAUUGACUCCAAGCAUGAAAAAGGUGGAUCUGCCAGCCCCUAAUGGCAGUACUAGACAUUUGCGUCCUUCCAAAAAGUUAAAAGAUGGAAAAGCUGAAGAGAGCCCAUUAUCUGUUACAGCAUGUCAAGUGAGGAAUGGAAUUCCUAGUGCAAUGGCCACACCAACAAGGGUAUAUGAAGGAAGUAGACGCUUGAGAAAACCUGUUAUUGAUGAUCAGCCUUCUAAAACAGAAAGCCAGUUUGAGGAAAAAAAAAUUAGGACUAAGCAAUCGAAAGAUGGCUUGGUGGAAACUCAAAGAACGGAUCCUGUUAAAAGCAAAGGAAGACGCACAAAGUCUCAACUUAAAAGCCCACCAAUAUCAGCGACAGGUAAGGAGGGUAAUGCAAGUGGUACGGCAGGAAAACUUGUUGAUGAGGAGGGUAUCCAGAAGGAAGCUGCAGUCCCUGUUAUCCUUGGAUUAAGUGCUAAGGGAAUAGAAACUUCACUUGGUAAAAACAAUUGUCAAUUUCCAAAUGAAGAAUUGUUAAAGCUAAUGAGAGAUCCCAAGAAGAAUUUAAAUGAUCGACCAGAAGACAAGGAUAUGGUUUUGUCAACACAAGUUGCCAGUGAUUCAAUUUUGGCUGACCUUCUCCAUAGCCUGGUUCUUUUUCCAAACAUGGAGUUUAAGCAGCAACAAGCUGGUGGAAGCAGCAAUAAAAGAAAGAGAGGUAGACCUCGGAAGUUAGUGGUCUUUGAUCCACAAGCUUCAGAGGAAGUUGAGCAUCUGUAUGGAGCUGGAAAUGUUGCUGAGGAAGUAGUACAAGAUUGUACAACUGAUGAUGUUGCGUUGACUAUCCAAACAGCAAUAGAAACUACAGAUUCACAAGCUGGCUCUAGAAAGAAGAAGGCUGAAGUUUCUGGGACAAAAUGUAUGUCAAAUGAAGGGACAACCUAUGUAGGAGCAGCUGACAGUGCAGAUGAUGAUGAUCGACCUCUAUCAGCUUGGUUUGGAGGGAUGCAGUAUCCGUCCAGUGUCUCUGAAUUGAGACUAUUUCCUGUUAGGAUUGUUGACCAGUGGAGUGAGAUAGCAGCACAAGCUAAUAUCGGAAGGCAGUCUCCUGCAAUUGAUGCAGCCAGUGAGAGACUGGCCAAUGAGAAUCAGAAAUUGCCUUUUGUGAAGAGCUCUCCGGUCUGGAAAAUGAUUGAGUCAAUGGAUGUAUUUAGAAGAAUGCCCCAAAAUCCACAUUUUCAGCCUCUGUGUAAAUGCAAGGAGGAACAACGAGAGGGAAUGGCAAUUGGUAAUAUGGUAACCUUUUCUAGUUUGGUCGACAAGAUAUACAAGUUGCAGUUUGAUGACCCUGACAGCAUUUUCCACAGCACUUUAGAAAGUCUUCUUGACUUGGAAAAGCAUGGAUUUAAUGUUACGGUUCUUCAAAGCCGGGUGAAAGAAUUGUUGUCGAUCAAAGAUAGGCAAGAAAAAUUUCAGCAGGAGUCAGAAGAUGCUGAAAGUAAGAUAAUAGAGCAUUGUAGUCAGAAAACAAAACUUAGGGAGGAGAUGGAAGAUAUUGCCGAGAAGAUAAGUGAGUUAGAGAAGAAACUUGCAUCAAUCAAGUCAGAAAUGGGCGGUAAAGAGGAUGAAAUUGCCAGGCUACAGCUACACGUUGAUGCAGUCAAUCAAGGCAGCUUCAACGCCCGGCUUGAUUUUGAAAAGCUAGCAGCUGCCCCCAUGAAAUUGGGCUGACCAGAGGACAUAUUCUCUUCAUGGUGUGUCAAGGCACUUCCCCACAGUCCCUGGUCAGCAUGUCCAUCAAGUCUUCCACACCCGACUUGGGAGAUUUGGCUUAAGACCCCACAGUCAAAUAUAUGUUAAAUAGUUACUCUUACAUUGAAGAUCAGUUGUUAAUUUUAGGUGUCUAUUUAAUCAAAUAUCUAUUAGGCCGUAAUAUGCACCAUUUCUUCCUUGUACCCUAUUAUACUAUCAAUUCUUGAAUUGCGGGUUAGCUAGUAGUUUUGGCUUUGUAGCUUCCAAUUUCUAUCAGCAAGUGAAAUGGGGUAAGGCUGCAUCUUAUCCUUUUCGUCCA